AUGCGGCUGUUUUACCUCUUAGCAAUUCUCUAUAAAAUUGUGACCACUAGUCUGGGGGCCCCAAUCAAUGACGACGGCAUCCUUGCCACCAGAGACCCAUUGGGCUUUGCAAGUCUUGCCGCCCGAGAGAUCGAUCCUGAUCCUCUUUGCAUGGCCCCAGAAGCGAAGGACCGACGUGAUACAACCCCUCAAGCACAAGAGGCGCGUUUGAAUGAAAAGAGACAGUUUGAAUACGGGGGUUAUGACAGACUCAAGAAAACAAAGAGACAGAGACAAUUUGGAUAUUCUGGUUAUGGUAAUAGUAACAAUAACCAUGAUAGUAACCAGCCUAGGAAAGGAAAAAGACAGGACCAAUUUGGCUAUUCUGACUACGACGAUCAACCUAAGAGAGAAAAAAGACAAGAUCAAUUUAGUUAUUCUGACUACGACGACCAACCUAUGAAAGGAAAGAGAUGGGAUGGAGUCAAAUAUUUUGGGAAAUCCAUUGACCCGGAACAGAUGGCUGACCCUGUUCCUGAACUUGAACAGGAGCAGAACAUCACGUCUAUUGACAAGCGGGGGGACCAUGGCGACAACCGCGACAGCCCAUGA